AUGCUUUCCACGAUCGGGUUGAAGGAGUCAGUCAUCAGGAUUCAAAUUCUGGAGGUAUCGAUAUCCUCGGAUGUAAAGGUUCCAAGGCACUAUAUUCGCACCGGAGAGGUUGUUCGUGCAAAGAAGGGAUGGCGCUUCAAUUCUGCAACAAACCGUAGCGCAAGAGGCAAGAAGAAGAAAUCGUCGAGGACCGAUAUACUCAUUCAAACGUUUGAAGGACCGAAAGCUAAACAGCGAUGGGAGAGGACGCUUCGCUUUGCUCGGCAUCUAGUCAACGCCCAUUUCCUCGACAUCGUGGGGACAUCCCCCACCUCAGCGUCUCAAGCAGAGCCCCACUACAUAGUUUUCGAUGGAGUCGCAAAACGAGACACGCGUCGUCUGAUUGCAUCUAUGUUGAGGAAGGGGGAGAGGGAGACAACAGCGCAGGGUUUGCGGACUAUCCAAGGCAUUGCGUCUGGACUUGAUUAUCUGACAAAUGUCCGCCCAAGCUUCUCUAUAGAUAAUGUUGGCUUUGAGCACUUCGAUGUAUUCUCUGAUGAUCGAGGUUGCAUCAAGCUCUCUUUUACGCCUGAUUGUCCCGAGUCUGCAAUCGCGGACGCUUGGACUACGCCCACCAGUUCCAAAGCACUUUCUCCGACCACAUCUUCCAUUCUAGAUUCCCUAAUAACGAAGAUCUUCAAUGAUGCCAACCACAUAAUAUACAGAGAGAAGCUUGACCGACAUAACGGAAGCUCACAAGACCAAGACGUUGAAGAUGAAGAUAUCUUUGUUCCUAUUACCAGUAACGUCUUUGACGUCGAAGUCUCUAAUACAAGUAUUGACAACGUUCAAAGCUCUGGUAAUUGUCGGAGAGAGAUCAUCUGGAGACCCUCCACCUCCGAGCGGAAAUUAUCCUAUAUCUCUGAAACAUAUAGUGAUCUCCUGCUUUCUCACUGUUCAUCAUAUUUGGAUGAAAACGGCCAACUUCAGAUACUAGUUCCUCUCCCCCGUCGUUCUGGGCGAAGCAGAUUGACAACAUUGCAUAAAUGCAAAGGUUACCUCCGCGAGGAAGUGACUUUUACUCCAGAUGCAUACAGGAAUGCUAUCAUGGUUUUUGAAAAGCCUUCGCAGGAUGAAGUUUGCGUGAUCUGUGGUCAAACUGUUCCAGUGGACGAGCCAAGCGAUUACACAGAGGAUAAACUUCAAAACCAUCGGGCUGCUUCUUUAAAUCUUUCAUUACCCUCGUCAAAUAAUCCAGAUUCCUCUUCUGAUCUUUCAACCCCAGGUUCCGUCGCACAUUUUCUAGAUCUCCAUAAUAUCCCAAAAUCAGUGCCCCAGCCACCAUACAUAUCAUCAGACUCAAAAAUGUUGCAGGGGCAAUCAAUGGCAGAGUUCGAGGCCCUCUGCCGGAAUUACCUAUCUAUGCUAGCAAACAACCUUACUAAUGAUGGGCUGAGUCCUGCAAGUGACAAUAUUUUUCCAACGCAGCCUCCGGAAUUUAUGCGCAAGGAAGGAGAACCAGUAUAUCGUCUUCCCGAGAGCAGCCCCUAUGCUGAUCUCCCCACUAGCCCCCUAUUAGCCAUUGACUGGGAUGAUUUGCUUACCUCUCCAUUAUCAGAUUCCAUCGGUACUCCCAUUAUUGAUGAGUUUGAGUGGCCAGAUGGACUCUUCAUUGGCAACGACGAUGUUCUCAAUGUAGCACUCACUAGCAGCGGCUGA